AAAACAUAGAAACACAGAAUCUCAGCUAGAAGGAAAACAGUCUUCCCGGAGUUCCUCAACAAUCAAUUACGGCAACAGAGCCUGUCUCCGUGUGUGUUUUUUCCAAUCUUCUUCUUCCAUCACUUUUGCAUAAAAGUGGUUAAGAAAUAUUUAUUCUCUAUCAAGUAUUUUUGGGUGAAUAGCGAUUCUUAUCCAAUACAAAUAACCCAUAUUCAGGAUUCAUUUGUGUCUAGUCGACAUAGUUUAUUCAAAAGAGAGAAGUAAUUUGCGGUUUUGAUGUGAAAGGAUUGCAAAUUACAAUAAAUACAAUAACAAGAACGGCAACCAACAACAACAACAACAGGUACCUAAGAAAUUAAGAUCGAAUCCAAGCGAAAACCCAAAAAGGAAAGUUUCAAAGUCAUGGCAAAUGAGGAAAAGAAAUUCAAUUGGUGCGAUCGCAUGGAGGGUUUUCCAUGUCGACAGAGGGAGAUUAAUCAGCUAGUGCUGAACUAUUUGGUGAGAGAAGCUUACAAAGAGACUACUCAACGAUUUGUGAUUGAAGCUGGUAUAAGGAAACAUCCCCAAUUGGAUAGUAUUGAGGAUCGUUUGCUAAUAAGAAACGCCGUACGGGCGGGGCGUGUUCAAUAUGCCGUGGAGGUGGCCAAAAAGCUAUAUCCCAGGCUAUAUGAGACAGACAAUUAUAUGUAUUUUCAUAUGCAGCAAAUGCAACUGAUCGAGCUUAUACAAGAACGCCAAGCGGAUCAAGCCAGUGUCCAAAAGAAUCCGAAUUUCACUAUGCAGGGUCAUCAUCAGCAUCCUCAGCAUCCUCAGCGAUUGGAAACCAUUUGUGAGGAUCGUACUUUGGCCCUUUUGGCAAAUGAGAAACGCCAGCAGGAAGAACUAUUCCCAGGACUUGAGAAUUGUGAGCCCAAAAUGAUGUUUCUCAUCAAGUUGAUAUUGUGGGCCCAGAAUCAGCUGGAGGAUGUGGGGUAUGUAGACUACGAACGUCUUGAAUUGGAGGGGGGACAUUUGGAUGAAUUAUUGCGUCGAUCGAUGUAAGAAGAGUAGACAAAACGGAAAAAAACUAUUGGUGUUUUUUUUUUUUUUUUUGGUGUCUAUUGCAUAAAUGCAGAAAUGUGUCUAUUGAUAACCUACCUAAUAUCUAAUAUAAUGGAUAAUUUUUUUUUAUAUACACAUAUGUAUACUAAAUAAAUAAAUAAAUCAGUGUUUUUAAAACAUCUUGAUGUUGAGUCAACAAUA